GCAUAUUUAUUCUAAUCAGACUUUUAUUCAAAAUACUUAUGUCCAUGUAAACAUGGCUAAUGAUUUGCUAAAAUAUUUAAAUACAUGUUACUAGGCUUUACACUACAUCAUGCUUCACUGCAGGUAUAAGAAACACAUUAAACUAAAAGCGGAUUUCUUAAAGUUUUUAAGGGAAAUCAAACACCUAAUAGCUUUUGAUGACGUCUGCAGUUUCACAGUGGCUUCCUUUGUUCAUCUGAGAAAACAUUAUUUCUAGGUUUAUCUGUCAAACAUGUAUAAAUGUGAAUUCUUACCUUGAAAUCAGAAUUACAAGCCAAGCCAGCAAAGCUAUAAAUCAAGUCGUACAUUUACACUCCGCUGCAGCAAUUUAAGCUCUGUUCCCCGUGCUUCACCCUCUCUACGAAGUGUAAUACCAACGUGGACUGUCACUGCCAGAGGUUUUAUAUAGACUAGCCGGGAGGGAUGAGACUUUUCCCCAGAAGCCUCAGCUGUGGUGUCGUAUGUCCUGCUUGUUUUAUAUUUACGUGACUGUUUUAUUUGCAUGCUAACCAGGGAGGCAAAUAGCUUAAAAGAUUUAGGUUACAAUAAUGAUGAAGAUGGCAUCAGAAAUAAAGAAAACUGGGUUUUUGUACUAAGCCUUUUUUCUUAAAAGUAGAGGUUUUUUGUUUUUGUCCAACACAAUUUCUGAGGACCACCAAGUCUCAAAAAACAUGAAAAUUAUACCCCGGUCUAACAUACAUUCCCAGUUAAAACUUUGGACAUGUUUACACAUUGGAUUCAAUGGAUAAGUGUGUCCAGACUUUUGACUGGUACUGUAGAUGUUUAGACAAAUACAUUUUACAGCAGGAAAUGUUUAAUCGAUACCUGCUUAAGUUUUGACUUUAUAUCCAUAUGAUCUAAUCCUUUUGAUUGAGUAGGUGACCUUAACUUUCCUGUUGCCACUUGUGGCUGUAUGUCAUUCAUUCACUUUGGAAACUGUAUCCUUUUUCUUCGUCUUAGGAGUGUGAUGGGGUGGGCUGGGCUUCACUGAAGGGAUUGCCCCCACUAAUCCCUCAGAAUCUGGAGUAUUAUCACUCUGGGGUGGCAGAAAAAGGCAGUUCUGCAUUCCUGUGCCUGGGAGAUCUGGUCGUCCAAUCUACUUUUAAGGCUCAACAUACUGUGAAAGCCAUUUGGACUGUGUUUGUCAGACACCAAGCCAGUGCAUUCAUGUGCUUCGGGGUUUAGAGAUCGACAUAUGGAUUGUAUUCGGUCACUGAUCGAAUAUUAGCAUAGCAUGAGCAACAGGGAAGCCAUGACAUCACCACAUAGAUGUGUGUGGGGUCUGCUAGGAGAGGGCCAGUCAUGCAGGGCUAGCAUGAGAUGUUUAUAAUUAGCUGUGGAGAAGACGACAGGGUCAAACUAGCAAAAGGGGGUGCUGUUUGAUAUCAUCCUCCCACUUAGCAGGGGUUUCGGGAGUGUUAGGGGUCAUCAGUUGUCUGUUUAUAGGAACAAGUUGUAUUUCGAAACCCAGUCACCGCAUUUCUGAAAAGAAGCUGCAUCCUUCUGUGCUGCAUGUUAGUUUCAUUAAACAUACUCUCAGAUGACAGUUUGGCAUUGGGGGACAUUCCUACAGAUGCAACUGUUCACACACAUGUGGCAUGUGUUUGUGCUGCAAGGGUCAUCUAGCAGUUAAAUAAAGCGGUGCACCAGAAGUGAGGGAAUGAGAGAUGGGCGGAAAGGGAGGGAGAGUUGAAUGACAGAGGAGGACGGAGAGGGAGGGACAGAAGAGGAGAGGCAGAUUUAUUUCUGCAGGCGAGUGCUGCCCCUCUCCUCUCUGGCUUUGCUUGGACCUAAGAUCCAAUCGUUGAGAGGUCGAAAGUCACUGGAGGACUGAGGGGAGAGGAGAAUAAAUUGAGGGCAGGAGGAGAUCCAGGGACAUGGAUGCCUUAGCGUUAGAGGCCACCACUGGUAAAAAAACAAAUAAUGCAGGGGCGGUAGGUGCGCCAGUGCCGGGCCAAGCCCCGGCCAAACGUAAGCCUGCCAAAAAAGCUAAAAAAGCUGUUGUCUUCUUCGAGGUGGAGAUACUGGAUGCCAAGACCAAGGACAAGCUCUGCUUCCUGGACAAGGUCGAGCCGAAUGCCACUAUCGGGGAGAUCAAAUCUAUGUUCCACAAGAGCCAUCCUCAGUGGUACCCAGCCAGACAGUCCAUUCGACUUGACCCCAAGGGGAAGUCUCUGAAAGAUGAAGAUGUUCUGCAACACCUUCCUGUGGGAACAACAGCAACUUUCUACUUCAGAGAUCUGGGAGCUCAGAUCAGCUGGGUCACAGUUUUUCUUACAGAAUAUACCGGGCCUCUAGUCAUCUAUCUGAUGUUCUACUUCAGAGUUCCCUUCAUCUACGCGCCCAAAUAUGACUUCACCACCAGUAAACACUGGGUUGUACAUCUCGCCUGUAUGUGUCACUCUUUCCACUACGUUAAGAGGCUGCUGGAGACGCUGUUUGUCCAUCGCUUCUCUCAUGGGACGAUGCCGUUACGGAACAUCUUUAAGAACUGUACCUACUACUGGGGCUUUGCGGCGUGGAUGGCUUAUUACAUCAAUCACCCGUUGUACACACCACCCAUCUAUGGGGAACAACAGAUCAGACUGGCUCUCAUCGUGUUCUUGUUCUGUCAGAUUGGCAACUUCUCCAUCCACAUUGCUCUCCGGAACCUCCGUCCACCAGGCUCCAAGACCAGGAAGAUUCCCUAUCCAACCAAGAACCCCUUCACCUGGAUCUUCCUGCUGGUCUCCUGUCCCAACUACACAUACGAGCUGGGCUCCUGGCUUGGUUUCACUCUGAUGACCCAAUGUCUGCCGGUGGCCUUCUUCACUUUGGUGGGUUUCAUCCAGAUGACUGUUUGGGCCAAAGGGAAGCACCGCAGCUACCUGAAGGAGUUCCGCGAUUACCCUCCUCUCCGUUCGCCCAUCUUGCCCUUCAUUCUGUAGACUCAUGAGCCGCUUCCCAUCGCCUGAUUCUAAUCCGAGGGUGCCCUCCUUUCCUUCCCCCAAAAUCUAAACAGGGACUUCUUAGACUGAUAGAAUCUCAGCCUGUUGCUUCUUUCCUUGAAGACAAAUGUUUCCCUUCCUGCUUUCAGUCCCUGCUGUGUUGAGUAAAAACGUCACUAGACUUUUUUUUUUUUUUUUCUUUUGUACAGCAGACAAACAUUUUCUGCUUGGUAAAUUGACUUGUGUGUUAUAUCUCAGAGCACUUUUUCUCCUCAAAACUACCUGAUGUAUACUGGAUGUUAAACACAGUGUAACGUCUUCUCUUCUGUAACUUCAUCAUGCUGUUUCAGGGGUUUAAUCUGCACCUGGAGACAUUCAAUAUGUCUACUUAAUUUUAAUGUCCAUAACUCUAAAAUCUGAAAAUGUGACAAUUUCAUUUUUGUCUGAAUAAUUUAUUAAAAAAUAAAAUAAACCAAACUGU